AUGGCAACCGAAUUUCCCUCCACCUACCAGCAAUACAAGUACAAAACAUCUCAGGCGCUAGGAUGGCUCAUUACAGCGGCGACUGAGCUGGGCAUUGCGAGCGGUACCCAGGCGAGUUACGGCGUACAAGAAAUGGUUUACCUCGCAAAAUCCUGUGCUCUGGCCGGACGCCCAAUGCCCAAAAAGCAAAGGAGAUGGCUAAAGGAAGCGAUCAGCUUGCGUCGCCGUGUCUCGGAGCGGUUUCGAGAACACGGGUGUAAGGAGUCCAACUCCACGCACGCGUUUUUCAACGAGAAACUGCAGUCGAUCUUGGAUCACUUCAACCCAUCCAAUGCUGUUGGGGUUCCUGGCUCCAUUCAGCCCCAGCAGGAACCCGGGACGUCUGAUUCACAAGCUGCGCGGAAUUAUUUCUUCGUACUGGGGGAAAAACACACACCCGGAGAAAACGUCGACAAUGACACCGAUGGCGAUUGCUCCAAGCAAAUCGUCACCGAGCACUCAUCUGAAGCGGCCGGCUCAACAACGAAUUCUUCGCCGGCCAAAGCAAACCCUAUUGCUGACGACCCUCUCAUGGAGCUUUUCUGUCUACUGGACGAUGCUAGUGAGAUCAGGACACAUUUCAAACAACUCUGGAGCCGAUACUGCCAAGCCGAAACGGAUCUCGUGACCGCUGCCUUCGUCACCCAGUACGCCUUUCGACACCUGGACAUCUUGCAAGAGAACUUCAACCAGAAACAUCAUUCAUUGAGAAGCCACCGCAGCAAGAUUCUCUUCAUCUACUACCAGGCUUGCUUGGGGGGUUCUGUCUUUGAGGAGUUUUGCAAAGAGAGCCACGAGGACUUGAACAAACGUCUGAAGGAGACGGGCUGGCAGCCCCACAAGGAAUUGAGAGACUGGACGAUGGACCACGAGGACCGCCUCAUGAAAUCGCUUUUCAAGGCGAUGGGAAAGCCUAAAGAGUCAGCGACAGACGAAUGGCUCGGGUCAUUGUUCGAAGAUCACGACGGUCAUUGCGAUAUCAAUACCCCUGUUGCGGAUCUUCGUCGCCUGCUCGACCUUUGGGCUGAAGCAGAUGAAUAUCCAGACGAAACAGCUGACAUGGAUUAUCUGACAGCCAAGUUCAAGUGUAUGCGCUCUUCAGAAGGCAAAGUAUGGUCCACAUACGAAGUCUUCAUGAUCCGUGUGGUACUCGACGUCCUUGACACGGAAGGACUACAGGAAUACAUCGACGCCGAUAUAAAGAGAUACAUGAGUCAUAGCAGAGUCUCAUACAUGAAGAGGGAUCAUGAAUCCAGCGUGGCCGAGAAGAACAAGGAUCUCAAUAAGUCUGAAGAGGAUUGUUCUGUCAACCCUCACUUGGGGUCCUGCUUUCCUGUUUUGGAAUCGCGUCUGUCGGCCUCCAGAUCAUUCGUUUUCAACCCCAUACUUCUGGGGGCCGUUCUUCACGCGUUUACGGAGAUCAGCAACAUGCAAGAAAUGGAUUGGAUGAGCGAAGGCGGUGAUCUGACCUACGCGGCUCACUGGUACCACAGGUCUCGCGUCAUUCGACCAGAUAAAGGCUUCAGCUGGCCUGACAUGGACGCAGCGAUAUACUUGCAAAGGGUCCAGCUGUUUUCUUCCUCCGAUCUGCCGAUGACUGAUCGCCAGUGCUGUGUCCGCAUGUAUCUCUCCUUCGGGUUGAAGUUGCACGAGAUCACCUGCGAACCCGACGAGGCCAAGCUCAUCAAAAAAGUCGGCAACCGGAAAUCCGCUUACGAAGUUUUGAGGCUGAAGAUCAAGGCACUACGUUCCGGCCCAAAAUCCGCCCAUAACGAGAAAAAAGCAAAUGAAGCAGUGGAAGAAUACCGUGCAAAGCGAAAUACGCCGGGCAGGAAACGCGAGCUAUACAUACCAUCGCUUUACGACCAUACGAGAAACAGGCUCCCUAUGCCUCAUUCAAAUGCACGCGAGGCCCGUACAAAGCUCGAGGAGGCAGAUCAGAAGUCAAUGGCGGGUGGUGUGUCGUGCUCAAAGCACCUCACUCAGUUGGAGAAGGUGAUCCGGGACAAUGUUGCAAUCAUGUUCUUCGACUUCCACGGCCUCGACACAAUUGUCAAACGGGGGCUUCUUGCAAGGGCCGCUCGCGGAUUCCACACGGAACUUACAUGUGAUUUGGGAAACAUGAGUUUGUCUGGCUUCAACUCGCCUUAUGCCCAGAACCUGGGAACCAUUCUUGACGACGAACGGUGCAAGACAAGCAACAUCACUACGGAAUGGAGGGAGUUUUGCAAGGGGGUUAAUAUCAAGAUACCUGACGAGCUGGCUUAG